AUGAGCAACAGCGUCCUCAUUGUUGGUGCCACACGAGGCCUUGGAGCCUCGCUUCGAGAGUUGUACGAAUCAAAUGCAUCCGUAACAACUGUCUUUGCGACGACACGGUCCAGUACCCCGCCAUCAGACAGCUCCGAUUCUCACGUCACUUGGAUUACAAACAUUGAUGUUUCGCAGCCUGAUGUUGGGGGCCGUCUGAUCUCUCAAUUACCCCCAUCGACUAAAAUCUCGACGGUCAUAGUUACAGCGGGGUAUUUCGGCUUCGAGACCUUCGAUGAUCUUGACUGGGAAAAGGAAGUACGGAUGUACACCACAUCCGCUAUCGGUCCUGUCUUCCUCGUGCAGCGCCUCGUCAAAGCAAACCUUCUGGAGAAGGGAAGCAAGGUGAUUCUGGUCAGCAGUGAGAGUGGCAGUAUUACCUUACGACACGAGAGGGAGGGUGGAGGAAACUAUGGUCAUCACGCCAGCAAAGCUGCUUCGAAUAUGGUGGGAAAACUACUCAGCCUGGAUUUGAAGGGCAAGGGCAUUGCCGUUGGGCUGGUGCAUCCGGGCUUCAUGCGCACAGAGAUGACAAAGGGCGUGGGUUUCGACAAGUAUUGGGAUGAUGGUGGUGCUGUUACGCCUGAUGAAGCGGCCAAGUCCCUAGCAUCAUUCAUAGAUGACUUCGACAUGAGCAAGACUGGCCAAUACUGGGCACCACGAGGACCCGGGGACAUUGGAACAGCAGAGUCUGUUCUGGGAUCGAAUUUGCCAACACCAUUGCAGCUGCCGUGGUAG